UGCUCAUCUUCGCCACACGCGCGGAAUUUUUAUCUUCGUUUUAGUUUAAAAGUUGAAAAGUUUUAAAUUACACUUGAAUAGUGUUUGUUUUUCUCAAGAAGGAAGAAAAUGAAAUAAACAUAAAAUGAGAUUGCCAGUGUUAUUAUUCGCUAUCUUCGGCUUGGCAUGCGUGGUGCCGAGUUUUGCGAAGGAAAAGCGAGCAAUCGGAAGUGAUGACUUCCAGGGUUAUGAUUAUCCACGACCGGUGAUUCCGUUCGAGACGAAUCAGGUGUUUGUUCCGGUUCGUCAAACUACUCGGGCUCCUCCUCCACCUCCUCCACCACCGCCGAGGACUAGGCCUCCACCAGUGCAACAGGGUUAUAGUUAUCCGAAACCUACGAAUGUUUUUGAGAUAAAAACUAAUAAUGUUUAUGUGCCACCAAAGAAACCGGUUAAUGAUGGGUAUAUUUAUCCGACACCGUCUAAUAGAUUGGAGUAUUCGGUGCCUACUACUACUAGAAGACCACCCCCACCGCCACCACCGAGUACUACGAGGAGACCUCCUCCUCCACCAACUACAACCAGGAGACCUCCACCGCCACCUCCACCAACACCUAAAUCUGAUGGGUAUCAUUAUCCGAUUCCGUCAAAUAGAUUGGAAUAUAGUACUAGGAGACCACCACCACCAACUACUACAACUAGAAGGACUACUCCUAGGCCAACCCCUCCUCCACCUCCACCUACGACUAGGAGAACUACGCCAUUUGUAAAUACGUAUUUGCCUCCUUUGACUAGUCCUAGAACACCUCCGCCUCCUCCACCUCCUCCUCCACGUCCACCAACUACUACAACUAGGAGACCACCUCCUCGUGUUACCGAAGGGUAUAUUUAUCCAACCCCUUCGGAUGUAUUUGUGUAUACUCAAUCGACUACUAGAAGACCUACUACUACUACUACUAGAAGAACAACGACAACCAGAAGAACUACUCCAUUUGUUAAUACAUAUUUACCACCUGUGACUAAUCCAACAACAACUACAAGGAGACCUCCACCACCACCUACUACUACCAGGAGACCUCCACCUCCUCCUCCUCCACCAACACCUAAAAUUGGUUAUGAUUAUCCCAAACCAAUCAUUCCUUUUGAAGCUAAACGCAUUCCAACUUAUGUUCCGCCAGCUCCAAAAGUGAACAAUCAAUAUUUACCUCCUCCUACUACAAGAAGACCACCACCGCCUCCCACAACUAGAAGACCUCCGCCUCCUCCAACGAGACCCCCACCACCACCUACAACAAGGAGACCUCCACCUCCUCCAACAAGACCUCCACCACCCCCUACUACUACCAGAAGACCUCCACCUCCACCUCCUCCACCAACACCUAAAAUUGGCUAUGAUUAUCCCAAACCAAUAAUUCCUUUUGAAGCUAAACGCAUCCCAACUUAUGUUCCCCCUGCUCCUAAAGUGAACAAUCAAUAUUUACCACCUUCUACUACAAGAAGGCCACCUCCUCCACCAACAACAAGACCACCACCACCGCCACCUACUACCAGAAGACCUCCUCCUCCUCCACCACCAACUACACGAAGACCUCCACCACCACCACCCAUCACACCAAAAAGUGGAUACAGUUAUCCAAAACCUCAGAUUCCUUUUGAAGAUAAACCUAAACCUGUUUAUAUUGCCCCACCAAUUCCAAGAACUACACCAAAACCUCCACCUCCACCAAAAGUAAACAGAGAUUAUCUCCCCCCAGUUACUACAACCAGAAGACCUCCGCCACCUCCUCCUCCUACACCUAAAGUAAUCAUAGAUUAUCUACCACCUGUUACUACAACAAGAAGACCUCCACCACCACCAAUUGUUUUGGAAAACAGACCUACAACAACAUAUAUAUCUACAACACGUAGAACAACACCACGACCACCUCCUCCUACUACACCCAAAGUAAUCAGAGAAUAUCUUCCUCCAGUCACUACAACAAGAAGACCUCCACCUCCUCCACCACCAAUCCAGGUAGAAAACAGACCACCAACAACUUAUAUUAAAGUAAACAGGGAUUAUCUUCCACCACCAACCACAACCACCACAAGAAGACCAACAACUACUAGAAGACCAACUACUUCUGCUCCCAUUUACUUACCACCUGUAACACCAGUAGCGAAUAAUCCUCCAGUUGUACGUGUUCCACCACCAACAACAUCUCCGCCAAUUUACCUACCUCCAGUUACCACAACAACAACUAGAAGACCUUACACUCAACCACCCACAUACCUUCCACCUAAACCUCCAACAACUACAAGAAGACCACCACCACCUCCAACCUAUCUACCACCAGCACCCAGGACAACCACAACAACAAGACGUCCACCCCCACCACCUCCACCUCCAACAACAACCAAAAGACCUAUUAUUGAAUACCUACCACCUAAACCAACUGCAAUUGUACCACCUUACAAACCACAACCUAUAAACCCAAUCCCAACUUAUGCCCGCCCACCAACCACAACUCCAAAACCACAAGUCAGAGACUACCUACCACCUAAACAAGAUGGAUAUUCAUAUCCCAAGCCAUCAAUCCCAUUUGAUUUUUAAACCUAAUAUACCUAUUACAUAAACUACGUAUGAGUUUGUUUAUCAUUUACAUUAGUUUCAUUGUAAGAUAACUGAAUGUCUGGUAUGUCUCGAGAAUGAAUUAAAACAUGAUUAUUUACACAUUA